CUUCUCCGACUUUCCUGAACAUGACAACCUGAAAACACAAGAUUGUUUCCAGAUUCCUGUUAGAAUUGAGACGUAAUUUCAACUCGCACGAACAUGAUAUCAAUGCUAACUGUGGUUAUUUGUCUGUCUUAUUUAAUUCCGACAAAUAGCCACUUUGAAAAAGCGAGUUCGCCGCCGAAGUUGUUAGUGAUUUCAUUCGAUGGAUUCAGGUGGAAUUAUUUGGAGCGGACGGAUACUCCGCACUUCGACGUUUUCUUGAAAAAUGGAGCACACUCAAAGAAUGGCCUCAAGAACGCGUUCAUUACCAAGACAUUUCCAAACCAUUACACUCUAGCUACGGGAAUGUGGGAAGAGAGCCAUGGCAUCGUGGCCAAUACGAUGUACGACCCAAAACUGAACGAAGUUUUCACUCUAUCCAAUAAAGUUGAUCAGACGAGUGCAAAGUGGUUUGAUGAUGGCGGCGAACCCGUGUGGGUGACGAACCAGCUUCAGAACUCUCACCACAGAAGCGGCAUUGUGAUGUGGCCGGGAGGGGGUGCUCCUGUCAAGGGUGUCAAUGCUGUCCACAAUAUCUUGUUUGAUCCAUCUGUCAAAAACAACACGAGGGUAGAUACCAUUUUGGAUUGGUUCACAUCAACCUAUCCUAUCAACCUUGGUCUUCUUUAUUUUGAGCAACCAGAUGAAUUUGGUCACCAAUUUGGACCAGAUUCUAGUCAGGUGACAAGAAUGAUUGGAGGGUUGGACGAAGUAGUCGGUUAUCUGUUGAAGGGUAUGAAAGAGAAGGGUUUGUUGGAAAAUACAAACGUUAUCAUAACAAGUGAUCAUGGAUUUUCAAGCACUCCACCUGAAAAUGUUAUUAAUUUGGAUAAAUACAUUGAUCCAUUGUCAUACAAGAUAUUUUCAAGUAACCCAAUUGGAAGUAUUUUGCCUAAUGAAGGCCUGCUGGAAGAGCUGUAUGCAAAUCUUACAGCAGGGUCCAAAGCUGAAGGGCACUUCAAAGUUUACAAGAAAGACGACAUACCAGACAGAUAUCACUACACGCACAAUGACAGGAUUAUGCCGCUCCUCGUGGUGCCUGAAGACACUUACCAGCUUACUAGAAAUGGAACAGUCCUACAUGAAUUGGGGAACCAUGGCUGGGACAACUCUCUCCAAGACAUGCAUCCAUUCUUCCUGGCAAUGGGGCCAUCCUUCAAGGCUGGCGCCAGUGUGGACAUCUUGAACAAUGUCGAUGUCUAUCCCCUCAUGUGUCACCUCCUGGGCCUUGAGCCGGCGCCAAAUAAUGGUAGCUUACAGAAUUGUCUCCCCUUGUUAAAGACAGUCGAUGAUCAUGCUGAUUAUACUGUUACAACAUUUGGAACUUAUAUCCUCAUCCUCAUCUUCAUUGCGCUGAUCGCGGGCGUCUUCAUGGUGGCCGCCUGCCGUCAACACCGCUACCUCAAACGCAAACAGAAGCAGUUGCUGCCCCUUACCAGCCUCCACGGGUUGGUGCGGUACGCCACGCCCCCCAACGGCGCCAAGAUCCCCCUGCUGUCCGACACGGAUGAAGAGGACGAGGAUAUGAUCUUAGACUAGAGCCAGGACAAGAACAGAAUCCAGAGCCAAAGACAAGUAUUAUAUGAAAGAGAGAGAAGGCGCAAGAGUGCAUUGUCAGGAUAUCAAGGUACUGUCUACUAAAACAAUGUGUAGUGAGGCAUUGUUUAAAGUGGUCAGGACCUUUGUAUCGUUAUUGACUGUCCCAUGUUAUCUUUCUUACUUAGCUGAAUGUUUAGUUUGGCUUGACAUGCACGUACCGGACUAAGGUGUCUUAGUGAAUGGCUAGAGUACAUUAAUUGGGCCUUAAUGUAAUGGCUGCAGUACAUUGAUCUGGAAAUUGAUCUACUCAGCAAUCAUGAGACAAUUUUGAGCCCCAGCUGUGCUUUAAGAAGCAGAAAUGGAGAGUGUGGUUUACUUUUGACUGUAUUGAUGAGAUUGUGGGAAGAACAGGCAGAUCAGGUUGACUGAGAUUAUAAGUAUUGAUUAAUCAUGAACACGUGAAAAUUAGAAUGUUUAUUCUAGAGACCCCCUAUUUUGUUUUAGUACUAGGGCUGUGCCAAGGAGCCCUAUACUUUCAUGCUUCAUUUCUAACAUUGAUUUGUGUUUCAUAAGAUCAGAAGUUUUGCUACAAGUAUGUUGCUACAAAUUUUAACAAGCUUAUGUUGUCUUGAUCGUGAUGAUGGAUUACGGUGGAUGUGGAAAAAUGACAUGAAUGUGAAAGGGUCAACAAGGUGUUGUUAUCAUUCUUGAUAUAUCCUCAUUCAUUCAGUAGACUUGAUUUUUGAAUGUCUCUUUAAAAAAUGAUUUGGAAAGUUUUUUUAAGAACCGGCAUAACAUGCAUAAACCAGUAAUGGCAUGCUGGAUAGACAAUGGGGUUGUAACACUUGACGUCACCGCCAAUGACUGCAAGAUUCUAAAAAAGCUAUUUUUAGAAUGGAUUUGAAUGCUUUCUUGUAACUCCCGAAAAUGUCAUCUGUCAAGAGUCUUUUUUUCUAACUUCAGGGUUUUAUGUUGGUGGCCUCAUAAACCAAUGGAAUAGAUAUAUAUGGCCUCAUAUAUGUUGGUGUGACAAUUUUAAAAUACUACUGGUAUAUGAGUAUAAUGUUCACAGACACCUUCCCUAAGUGAGUAUGGUUUUACGCCACUUUUAGCAAUAUUCCAGCAAUGUCACGGCAGGGAACACCAGAUAUGGGCUUCACACAUUGUACCCAUGUGGGAAUCGAACCUGGGUCUUCGGCAUGACGAGCGAACACUUUAACCACUCGGCUUCCCACCUUCCAUGAAACACAGGGGGCACGGAUGGCCCAGUCGUCUAAGGCGCCGCAAUUCGCUGUGCAGAGUUGCAUCCCUUGGGCAUGCCAGAAACCUAUGAUUGUGGCUUCGAAUCCCGGUUCGCCCCGAUUAUGU